CUCGAGAAGAUUCCUAACCUAAAAAAAUUACCGCGCGUCAUAAUUUUUCUCCCGAAUCUUAAAAUACAGAAUAAGAGUGACAAUAAAUCAAAGAAAUUUGUAAACGAAAACGCGCAUGGCUCAUUCGACAAUGAAUCUUAUAAAUGUUACAUGAAAAUUAAAAAGUAGAAGUGGAUUAAUGUGGAUAAAUGAAAUUUUCACGUUUUUUUGUUUUUUCAUUCAUUGGACAUUUUGAUUAAGGGAAAAAAAAUAAUUCGAAGGUGUAGUCUCAACAAUCCCAUGCGUUAAGAAGAUGGGCGAAACACUAAAAUAUUAUGGAAGAAGACGUAGUAUCGUUCGUCGAAUUGGCUCAUUUCUUCCUCUAAAACCACCGCCAAAAAUUUAUGUCAGCGUAACUCCACUUCAUUCAAUGACGAGUUCGAUGAUUAACGAAGAAACAAGCGGCGACAUUCCUGGAUCAAAUGGUCUUGGCCCCGGAAGUGGUCUUUUGUCAGCAAGCAAACCAGAUCUUUUGGAGCCAAUAAGUUUUGGUUCAGAGGUGCGUCUUCUUGCACUCGAACAGGAAUUACAAGAAUUGCGGGAACAAAUAUCGACAAUUGUAAAAAAUACAAAACACGGACCAACUCGCAAUUUUGUCUCUGAGCCGUCGCUAGUGAACGGAAAGGACAAUGACAUGAAACCACCACCACCGCCGCCGCCUCUACCGCCACCAACGACGCCGCACAUCGCGCGACGAGCCAGUUUACAAGAUCACAUUAUUGACGAGAAAAAAAAACCGCCAUUGUUACCGCAAAAAUCAAUGGGAGAUAUUUUAAAAGAUAUCGAUAAAAUUAGGCUCAAACCAAUUGCGAGAUCGCCCGGCGGUCGACCAGUGAAAAUAAAACAUGAAAAUAGUCCGUGCAACGAUUUACAGGAUAUUUUACGUAAACGUUAUCUCGCGAUGCGAUCACCCGAUAGUCGCGAUUCAUCGCUCAAUCUCGCUCUAGACGAUUCAUUUAGUUAAACACAAUUCCCCCUCCCCACCCUUUUAAGCAUCAAUGAAAGAAAAAAAAAUUUUUCGUUUCAUUUAGAGAAAAAAGAAAAUUAUCAAUUUUUCUCCAUUUGCUCGAAAUUUUUGAGACUUUCGUCUCUUUUGAGACAUUUUUUUUUUUUGCUCGAACUAAAAAAGAAAAAAGAAAAUAUUAAAAAAUCGUUUUUCUUUUUAAUAAAAUAGAGACGAUUUUUUUUGUAGGCAUUAGAAAGUAAUGAAGACAAAAAAAGCCUAGUCCUUUCAAUGGAGUUUUGAUUUUUAUAUAUAUAAAUAGGAAAAGAAAAAACUCCAAGUGGCCAUAAAAAAAGCUGUGCAUUUUUUUUCCACUUCCAAUUUUUUGGAGGGGAUUUUUUUUUUAGUGUCAAUUUUACAAUUUUCAUGUGUAAAAAGAAAGAAAGCAAUCAUAAUUCAUCCACUGUAUAUAGAACACUUUCAAUCUAAGAAUUUCUUCUUUUUUUUUUGUUUAUUAAUUGUAAAAUUAAAAAAUCAAUUUGGAGGGAAAACAAUUUUUUGACGAAGAAUAAAAUGAAACGCAAAUUGAAAAUUAAUUUCAGUUUUUUUUGUCAAAUUUGUCAAAAUUUUCGGGAAAAUAAUUUUUUGACGAAAAAUAAAAAGAAACGCAAAUUGUAAAUUAAUUUCAGUUUUUUUUUUGU